AUGUCGUGUUUGCAUGAAGAAUUCAACGUAGACCGACUCAAGCAUUGCAAGCACAAUGAUCCCAAGUUUGCAUCACGACCGAUUCCCAAGGCAACACCCGUCAUCCUCGAUGACGCUACCGAUGACGAACUUUACAUUGUUGAGAAACUCCUGAAGAAAAGAACGUUCAACCGUCAAGUCGAGUUCUUAGUCAAAUGGCAUGGACUACCGGAAAGCGAAGCAACAUGA